AUUUAUGGUAAUUUAUCAAACUUUUAUUACAGAAGUCACGUAGCACCAAUAAUUAUUGUUAUAAAACAACUGGGAAUUUCUCCAUCAUGGCCCAUGAAAGAGUUUUCUGGCUGCCACGAACAAAGUUUUCUGGCUGCCACGAACAAAAAGAAAAUACAGUCUACUAAUUGCCAUCAAGAAAGAGAGAGAUACCGCCCCGCUUACAUUCUCGUCAGCACCGGUUAGUUUCAGUGAUAUCUUGUGUGACUGAUUAUUACAUCCUUGUUCUUUUCCUUUGAUGACUUCUUUUUCCAUUUCGAUUGUCAUGAGAGAGAUACCGUGCCGCUUACAUUCUCGUCAGCACCGGUUUAGAACUUUUUAGAUCAACUCUGACAUCCACUGCUGUUGUUGUUAAUCCACCGAUCGUAAGUGGCCUAUUUCUUCUUCAAUCUUUUUUCUCUGACUCUAAUUCCCAACGUCCAUUGGCUGCAUCUACGUUCCUUUUUGCGAGCUAUAUAUUAUAGAAAAGAAGAAAUAUGGGUCGAAAAAGAGAUGGAUUUUGGGAUUAUGCUGAGAAACUAGGUGGUAAUUUCAAAUGUAAAUUUUGUGGGCAAGUUUUUCCUGGAGGUGCAACAAGAAUUAAAGCACACUUGGCUAGAGUACCGGGCCAUGACAUUGCGGCAUGUGAGGCGAAUGUGCCUCAAGAGCUUCAAAAAGAAGCUCAGGCAACUCAAAAGGCUAACAAAAAGCUUAAAAGUGCAUCAACCUCAAGCAGUGCUAAGGAGAGAAAAAUCAACUUAGCUUCAGCAUCAAAAAUUGAGGAUAGAAUUGUCACACAGGUAUUUAUUUAGUCCCAACUCUAUACAUAGUUGUUUAUUUCUAAUAAGUAACAAAACCAUACCAUUUAACACUUUGCAAACCUUUCAUACUAAUUUCUCUUUUGCAAAGCGAGGAAAAAUAUAUGGUUGAAAUUAUCCUUGAUGAUGUUGUGGAUAGACUAAUCACCAAUGUAAUUUCACUUGUCACUGAGCAUACCAAUUUUGAGUGGGGUUUCAACGGCAAGGAAGAGUUGAAAAAUCUUCUUUACACCUUAUGCAAGAUUCAUGUCGUGUUAUAUGAUGCUCAGAAAAGGCAAGUAAGUGAUAAAUCUAUGAGGAUCUGGUUAACAAAGCUUACAGAUGUAGUUUAUGAUGUUGAUAAUGUGCUAGAUAAGUUUAGCUAUGAGAUUUUGGGGCAAAAGGUAUAGAUUCAAAACCAAAUGAUGAACCAGGUACCUAGCUAUUCAUUCUGCAAAUUUGAUAAAGUUAAGACCAUAAAACAUACAUUGGAUAAAUUUGUGAAUGAAAUAGAUGGCUUGGGUCUUAAAAUUGUGAAUUCAAACCCCAAGAUUAGCCUAGAUAAUAUAGACUCCCCCCUUGACGAUUCAGAAGUGAUAGGAAGAGAAUACAGUGUCCUAACAAUUUGGGAUUUGUUCAAUGAUGAUAAUGAUGUCUUUCUGGAAUUUAAGUCAAGAUUUGAUAGUCUUACAAUACCAUCUCUAAAACGAUGUUUUGCAUAUUGUGCAAUCUUCCCUAAAGAUUAUAAGAUUAAAAAGGAUGUACUAAUUCUACAUUGGAUGGCUCAAGGGUUUCUUGAACUGUCUAAAGAAAGUAUGGUGAUGGAGGAUAUUGGUAACAAGUAUUUUAAAAUUUUAUUAGACAAAUCCCUUUUACAAAAUGGUAAAAAGGAUGAGUACGGUAAUAUUAUCAACUACAGAAUGCAUGAAUUAGUACAUGAUUUUGUGCGCUCAAUUUCAAAUUCAAAAUCUUCAGUUUCAGAUAAUUUCAGCCAUGUACGAAGUUUAUUUGUUGGAUUUGAUGGCCAAACAACAGCACAAAUUUCAUUUGAAGGUGAUGGUUUCACAAAACGGUGCAUGUUAAUUUUAAAGAAUGCUGACUUUGGUAACAUAUUAUCAAAAUUUAGAGGCUUACGUGUUUUAAUGUUUUAUGGAUGUAACGUAAGAGAGCUGCCAGAAUCAAUUGGUGUGUUAAUACAUUUGAGGCUUCUUCACAUCUGUGAAACUGAAAUUAAGAAAUUACCAAAAUCAGUCACUGAGCUUUACAAUUUGCAAACAUUAAGAAUCGAACUUUGUUUUAAUCUCGAAGAGCUUCCAGAAGACCUAAGCAAUUUGAUUAACUUGAGACAUAUUUGUAUAAAUAGGAUAGCACCUAAAAAUGUGGGGCGGUUGACUUGCCUUCAAACGUUGCCAAUUUUUCGUGUUGGUCCAGAUGAAGGUUAUCGGAUUAGAGAAUUGGGAGCUUUAAAGAAUCUCAGAGGAGAAAUAGAAAUAAGGGAUCUAGAGAAUGUGGAAGAUGAGGAAGAAGCCAAAAGUGCAAAAUUAAAAGAUAAGGAAAUAUUCAAGUUGGAAUUAUUUUGGUCAUAUCGAACAAGAUCAGUGGACAACAAUGAUAAAGAUGAAAGGGUGUUGGAAGGCCUCCAGCCACACCCAAAUUUGAAAAGCUUAACAAUCGGAUUCUACAAAGGAAAGAAAUUCCCAUCAUGGGUUAAUGGUUUGUCAAUAUAUCACAAUUUGAUUCAGAUCUAUUUGAUAAAUUGUACGGAAUGUGAGGAAGUUCCCACUCUGGGGCAUUUACCCUGUCUUAGGGUUCUUCAAAUAAAUGGAAUGAAGAAGGUAAGAAGUAUAGGAAGUGAGUUUUACAGUUACAGUGAAGGGAGUCACAGAAAAACUACUACAUUAUUCCCGGCAUUGAGAAUACUCAAAUUGCAGAACAUGUAUGAGCUAGAAGAGUGGAAGGAUGCAAAGGAGUUGAUAACCGCAUGUCAGGUGUUGGUAUUUCCUUGCCUUGAGGAGUUGACAAUAGAUUCAUGUGAUAAACUAAGAUAUUUUCCAGACUCACUGAACACCUGCGAUUCCCUUCAUAAGUUGGUAUUAGAGGGCUUUGAAGACCUGAGUUAUUUUCCAGGUGUUCGAUCACUUAUUGGACACUUGGAGAUAAGAAGCUGUAGUAUUGAAGAACUAACCGGUGGGCUACAAUUCUGUACAUCUCUUCAGUAUUUGAAGAUUGAGGACUGUCCGAAUCUGGAAUCAAUUCUAGAUUCACUGCUUCACCUCAUCAAUUUAAAUCAUCUGCACAUUACUGAUUGCCCCAAUUUAGAGGAAAGAUACGCAGAGUGGUUCCAGAUUUCCCAAAUUCCAAACAUCAAAAUCAAUGGAAAAUACAUCAAAGGGGGAGAGGAUUCUGGCGACUCUGAAGACAGUGAUGAUACAGUUUAUUAUGUGGUUGCAUAAGAAAGAGAUGAGACAUUGGGUGGAAGCAGGUCUUGUGGAUUUUUGUCUUCACAUUUGGGUUGGAAGGUCGGUUCUACUAGUGGAAGCAAAGAUUAAAUUUCUCAUAAAUUUUUAGCCAGCACUGAAGGUGUGGAUAAUUCUAAUAUAUUUAUAUAUCGGUUUUAGCUUGUGGAGGUUUCUAACACGUUUAAAGUUUUUUGGUUAAAUCAUCAAGCUUGCAAGAAGAUUCCAUCUUGGAAAAUAACCAACUUGAUGACAACUGAUGCCGAGGUACUUCAGGUCUGCUUUAUCUUUACCAUUUCAGAUGCGUGUAUAUAACUUUCCUCUUAAUUGGUGCUAAGCGAGAUCCAAUUCAGUUUAUAUAUAUUUGUACAGUGACUGGGUUCUGUACCAAUCGUGCAUAUCUACACAAAGAAAGUUGUUUGUCUAUGUAAAGGUGUGGAAGUCAACUCCAUAUAUGUGUUCAUAUGUCACCAAAACAUUUUAUAGAGUUAGAUUGAGUAGUCAGAUCACUGAAUUAAGGUUUGACACUCUUUGACAUGAAAGUCAUUCUGUUCGUCUGGUAUUGUUAUAGCUUAACCUGAACAAAUGUCCUUUGAUUUCACUCUUUUAAUUGCUGACAUGUAUAUAUUGAACUAAUUGCUUGGAGCAUGGGAAGUUUAAAAACUAACAAAAUUAACAACACGUGGACACUACGGACAGCAUGUCUAUUAUGUUCAGCCAUCUCUUAUGUUCAAAUAAAUAGAGUGCUAAAUCAAUCUGAUAAGUAUAUCAUUCAUGCUAAUUAUCCCCCCUCCCCUCUCACUUUUCCUACAACAUUUUAUAACUUGUUACUUAGCAUCUGUUCAUCUUGAUAUUCUGAUAUAUAUGUAGUUUCCAUGUGUUGAUGUCAUUGUAUCAGUGUUGUAAUCCACAGGUAGCACUUAACAAUUCUUCCAAUGUUAGAGCCACCAGAAAAUUUCUCAUUUAUCAGAGGAUAUUUUUUCCAAUGUCAAGGACACUUCACGUAGCACCCAUUUUGCAGCCUAAUAUUCUUUUUUUUACCUAAGCUGUUCGGCCAGCUUUGACGCCUAUUUCCCCUUAGUUGGAGGCAUUAAAUUUUGAUGAUGUUGGAGCCUUUGCAGAGGAGCUGUGGUAAUUUUUUUCGUCUUAAGAACUGAAAUUCUGGAAUAAGAACUGCUACUACCUAUCAGCAAUGCAGGAGGUGCUCCCUUUCUAUGGAUUAUGGAAAGCUGGAUGGAAGUAAAUUGGAAUGGUUGUCAAAGCCGGAUGUUUUGUUUCUUACUGUUCGCUUUGCAAGGGAUAUGGAAUCAGCAAAAGUGGUCCGCUGGUAGAAGACUGUUCAUAGUCCGAGAAUCACAAUGGAGGGAAUUUAAAAUUGGUUCCAAUGAAAUUGUUUCAUCGAAAUUUGAGAUAAAAAGAGCAACAAAACCAACAUAUAUUUGAAGGCGUCAAUACUCUAUGACAAUGGCUAUACCGGAUUGCAUGCAAAGAUACGGUGACAAUGCUAAAAGUCCUUCCAGACCCAAUUUGAAGGCUCUCCAAGGUAAUUCCAACCAUGCCAUCAUGGUUUAAGCAACCUACAUAAACUUGUGUCUUGGUCCUGGUGGUAGAGAGAUUUCUGGUACAUACUCAGACCAUCACUUUUAUACCAUAUAUAGCAUUUUCAUCUUUGUAAAUUUUUUAAAGGUUUAAUUUAAUCUUGAUUGAAAAUUCCGUGACUUGAACACACUUUUUAUAAGGUUCAAAGUGAUCUACGUCCUCAUCUCCUUCAUUUGGAAAGGAUCACGACCUAGAAGAAGGAACAUGUUCACCAUUACAAGAAAUGAGUUCCCACAAAAAUUGAAGGAGAAGGUCAAGAAUUUGAGACAUACUCUAAGCAUGAAGAAACAUAAUCAGGAUGUUAGCACCACACUUUCUUGGGAUGUCAGGUUGGAUGAUGAUGAUGAUGAAGAGAUGUUGAUUUCUUUGAAGCCCCAACAUUGAAUCAAAGCUGGCUCCUGAGGGGUUCAAAGAAAACCACCAGACAUAAUCGAGAAGCAAUACAUAAGAAUUUCAGGAAGCAUGUUUUGUCAAGCACUAUGAUUCUUAGAGUUAAAAAGAAAAACAGAAGCCUAAAGGACAUUAACUGAAACUGCAACUGAAAAGUUGGCAUCAGCUUUUGCUGUGGUAUCAGAAAUUUAGAUUUCUUUCCACAAACUUAUUCGAUGACAACAAUUCCACAAACGUUAUUGUGUCUCUGUUGCUACGGAAAGAGGAAAGCAAGAUAAUAAUGGCGAGCAAAUAUCGACAAGGUUGUUUCAGUGAAGGAUUAUCUAAUGCAUAAGCUUGAGCCCAGGGAAGAUGUGCUUUCUCCAGUGAUAUCCAAGGCAACGAGUCCAAAGUGAACUCCUGGUGAUAUGGGUGUGGUAUGUGGGACACUGUAACUUUGCUCCAACAUGAGGAAUUGUCCAAAUAUACAGCUAUGAGUUCAGUUGGAAACAAAACAUUGCCCAUGCCAAUUUCCACCAAUGUGCAUUCAGCUAAAGACUCGCCAUCACACACUCAGAUCUCAGCCAAUGCUCAAUUUUUUUUUUUUUUUGGUGUCAAUUUUGAUCCUGAAUGUAUAUGGAGACAUGUUAAUGAGCUUCAAUAAGUUUUCAACUUCUAUGUAUUGAUACCAAAAACCAUCACCAUCAGACAUGCAUGAUCUAGUACUAAUUAUUCUAUUGAAGUUCCAUUGUACAGUCUGUGGUAACCAUGGGAUGCAUUUGAUAAAUGGUAAGAAAUCACUUGGUCAAA